AUGGCUUUCUUUGGCUUCGAUACUACCCUACCUAGGGACCGUGAUGGUUCUGGGGCUAGGGGAUUCUUCGAAAACCCAGAUCCCUUUGCGCAAGUCGCUCAAGCUAGUGCGCUGGAAGAUGAUGACGCAAUUGACUUCGAGGAUACCUACGAUGGUCUCGGCGACCAGCUCGACGAUGACCAGGACGAGUUCAACGAUGACACGUUUGGCGGACCCGGCCCCGAAUCAUCCGGAAGAGACUUCGAUUUCUUUGGAAAGACUGCUUUAGUUUCAGAUGCUAUUGGGGAGGAGCAGGUUCGCUAUAGCCUGCAGAAUCCCAAUGCUCCCCGAGUUACUCAGCCCGUGGCUCAGCUUCCCGUCCAGCCAGUUGCUCCUCAGACCAAGCGCUCUGGCUAUGAGAAGUACUCGGACCCUGGGUAUAUCCCGGAUUUGCAAGCCAAAUCUAGCGUCUGGGGUGUCUCGCAGAAAAAGCCCGAGCCCACUGCCGCCAGUCGGAAAAUGAUGAGCUUGGAAGAGGUUGAGGCCCAAAUGCGUCAUGGUAAUAAUGCAACAACUCCGGCAGCAGAAGCCUUCCUGCGAUCGAUGGUGGAGCCCCAAUACCCCCCUCAGCCUCAUCACCUCCAGGCGCCUCUUGAUGGGUACCCGGUGCCUCCAGAGUUCUUGCAGGCACAGCUGCGACAAGGUCACCUUCCACAGAUGCCCCACCCACCUCCUGGUAUGUCGGAACUCUACGGUGGACCUGGACAUAUGCCACCUGGUGGACCACUGCACAUGGCGCAGAACGCCAACCUUCCCCCGCAAAACCUACCACCUCCUGGCCCGCGCCAUGCCGGCCCACCCCAAGCGCAACGUCCUCUGCAACAGCAGCUUCCCCAACAUCAACAAGUGCCGCCACCGAACCGGGUUUCCGCCAAUGGAAUGCCUGUGAUCACAGACCCGCAGCAACUCAGCCAUCUUACGACCGAACAGCGCAAUGCUUAUUUGAUGGAAGAUGCCAAGCGGGCGAAGCGCAACCACAAGAUCUUCCUUCUGUCUCGAGGCAAUGGCCUGAUGACACCGCAGGACAAGAACUUUAUCACCCGCAUUCAGCUGCAACAGCUGGUGGCAGCCGCUGGAAAUGUAGCAGAUUCUGACCCGGAAGCCGUGCUGGCCGAGGACUUCUACUACCAGGUCUACAGCCAGAUUCGGGGCGCACCACGCCAACACCCUCACCAACCUCUCGGUCACUUCGCGCAAACCUACCUUCUCCAAACAGGCAACCGGCUCGGCGGACAUCGCCGUGGCAACUUCCAGAGCGCCGAUAACCACAUGCAGCGCAUGCAGCAGCAGGUUCAACGUGCUGUGGAGGCGGCCAAGGCUAAGCCUAAGAACAAGCAGCUCAUCAUUGAGGGCAGCCUGGGCAAGAUCUCAUUUAGUAAUGCCAAGGCACCUAAGCCAAUGUUGAAUAUCAAGCGUCCUGACAGCUCAGAGGGUCCCAAGCCCAAGAAGCUACAGUCGGAUCUCAGCCUCAGCGACCGCAAAUCGAUUCUCACCAACGUGGAGGGCGUAUACAGUGCAUUGAUGGCAAUGGAGGAUAUGGAGCGGACGAUGCCCCCACCCCCCGAGGAGGGCGAUGCCGAGGCUAUCCAGGAACAUAUGGAAUGGAGACAGAGGCUUCACUCUCUCAACCAGAAGCUGUGGCGGUCACUGAAAGUGAUGGAACCCAUUGUGCCCAACUCGACGACCCCUCACCCCUUCAUUGCCUUUUUGUCAUACCCUAAGGGCAAGAAGGCUAUUCCUCGUAUUUUCCGCCACAUUGACCAGGAGCAACGAGUGACUAUUCUUACCAUGAUUGUCGUCCACCUCGACAGCCUGGAUGUGGUUCGUCUUGCGCAGCCGGUGCCCGGCGAGGCACAGCCCUCGCUCGGCAUGCGCGAAGCAAUUGAUCUGUUCUCGCUGGCCGUCAUGCCCUGUCUUUUGGGAUACGUCAACGAGGCACCGUUCAACAUCAUCAUCGGUCUCUUGGGCUUGGUCAUCAACCAAACCCACGUGCAGACCGUGGCUCGGACCAAGGUCGGUCUGGGCAUCUUGACUAUGUUGCUCAGCCGUGCCGAGAUUGUCAAGGAGGCUGGCCAGGCUUCCGAGCACGAUUGGCAACAAUGGGUGGAGAAAUUCAACGUUCUCUUCGAUACUUUGGAACUUGGUUUGAAUGACAUCUUCCCUGGAACCAUCAGCUCCGGUGACGACAUGUAUGUGUGGCAGUUCCUUGCCGCUGUGGGUAUUGGUGCCAGUCCUGAGCAACAACAGCGUCUGGUUAUCGCCGUUAAGGACCGCGUUAUGGAAACUGUGGGAUACAGCAAGACCCUUCCUGCCGACAUGGGCAGUCAGCGUUUGAGCAAUGUCAAUCUCUUCAUGCGGGCUAUUGGUCUGGAUGUUGAACUGCUUGGUUAA